AUGAAUCAAAACAACAACAAUCGCCAAGUCAUAGGCCGUCGGACCAUUGCUGCAACACGAGGAGGAAAUAACAGUACUGGCCACCACCGAGGACGAUUCAUACGACGUCCUCCUUCUUCAGCAUCUACAAGUCAGCAACAACAACAAUCUCAUCAUCGACAUUCUUCUCAUCAAUACUCCCGUGGAGGACGAAACCGAACAUUUAUUUCAAGAACCACUCCUUAUCAUCAUCAACAACUUGCUUCUAUUGCUACUACCUCGACAACGCCUCAUCAACAACAACAACAGCAAGACCGCAAUACAACAUCCACUUCCCAUCACCAACACGAUAGUUCAAUUAUUGUGCUCGAUGAUGAUGAUGAACACGAAGAAGAAUUGGAUGAUGCAGCAUCAUCAAGCAGUGAGAGUUAUAGCAGCAGUAGUAGCAGUAGCUCAUCAUCCUCAUCAUGGAUGUUUGCUGACUUGAAUAAUCAUCAUCAUCAACAGACGAACAAUAAUCAUCAUGAUGAUGCCGAAGAAGACCAUGAGGAGGAUGCACUCACGUUACCCUUAUUCGACCAAGAUGAAGAGGUUGAACUGUUUCUUGGUACGAGAGAACCUAUUGUUGAUUUUACUCAGGAUGUGGUCUAUCCUCAAGAGGUUUUAAACAUUUCAUCAGGAUCUGAAGGAGUUGAAGCUUCGGAGAGCAUGGCCAACAGAGGCACCCAUAGCACCACCAGCGUAUUAACGAAUACUACUCGUGGAAAUCACUCAUCAACAUCAUCCAAUUCAGUAACACGAACGAGGCCUUCAGCUAAUUCAACACCAGUGUUGAACUUGAAUCAUUCUGGAAGAAGAAAUGUUGCAUCUUCAGCUAGUUCACUACCUUCCACUCGAUCCUUAAUACCUUCUACAACAACUUGCAUCAUCCAAGAUCGAGACACCACACGGAUCAUCACGAAGUGA